GGAGAGAGAUUGCAUGUGAAUCGAACAUAAGGUCUCACUAAUAAUUUUAAUACUUUUUUAAAUAUUUUCCUUCUUUUUAAUUAUUUUUUGGAAAUUCUUUUAAAUUAUUUUCAACUUUGAUCAUUGCUACUAUGUGCUGAAACAAAAACAUACAUUUAUACAGGAUUUCUUGAAAUUAGUGUAACCGUUUCAAAAUCAUGCAGCACAUAGAAUUGUUCAUCAGACAGAAAAAAAAGGUCAAAUGUUAUUAUAAAAGAUUUGAACGAAAAAAAAAAUCAAAAACAAUUCAUGAAAUAUUUUUUCGAAAAAUUUUGAUUUCAAUUUUCAACUUCAAUGUGGACACCGCAUUACUAUCGUAAGUGCGAUGAAAGAAAAACAUAACCAAUUUUUGUUUGCUAUUGUUUAAAAGACUCAAAAAUGAAUUCAAUUUUACGGUUGGAAAAAUUCAGAAUUUUGGGAAAAUAUAUUGUUGGGAGAAACACGUGGCAACCGGAACGAUAUUUUCAAACCAGUCAAAUAGCAUUAAAGCAAGUGCUUACCAAAACGCUACGAAUCAAACAUGAAGAUUACUAUAAACGAAUGGAUCGUGUACCGCAAGAUUAUGAAAUGAUUUAUAAAUUUCCCUUGCAGUAUACAAUGAAUUUUGGUAAAAUGCUUUCUGUUGUCGUCCCCGUUGGUCUAUCAUAUGGCUUGUAUACUUGGCUAUUCAGUACAACCGAGGCCGUACAAUUUGUUGGAUCACUUGCUGCCAGUGAAGAUCAGCUGUUACUUUUUGUCAUGGUUCUCUUUGGCACAAAUGCGAUCGUUUAUCGAGUUUGUGACGUGUUGACACUUCGAAUUUACCGAAAAGAUAAAUCUUACAUAAGGAUUCAACCCAGUAUGAUACCCAGAUAUGAUAUAAAAAAGUAUUUUGAAGAGGGACAAGUGAAAGAGAAUUUCAGCGCAAUAUCAGUUUUUAGAGGUCUUAAUUAUAAAAUCAAUAACAAAACAGCAUUGUUAGUACCCGACCGAUUUCGAAAAUCAAGCGAUUUAUACCAAAUGCUUGAUGUUUCUGAUUCGAAAAAGUAUAAACCGGAAUAAUUCAUUAUGUAGUUAGUUAUGUAUCGGUAAUCGCAAUAAAAUUAAAAUUGUUAUCAAAAUUGAUUUUUAUUGGUGAAAAAUCAACAACAUUCAAUGUCGUUUCAAUAUUGCGGCAUUUUUGACAUUUCUCAUGCCAGACAGUAAACAGAUAAAAAAACGUCAACACUGCCAAUGAUUGUGGUUAUGUAUGAUUCAUUUCGUAUUUUAAUCUUUGGUCACAAUAAUGAAUUUCAUUCCACAACUAUGCAAUGUUAGUAAAUAUGCCGGUGUUAAUUUUCAGAUAAAAAUUGCUCGUCCCAUUUUCAUUGAAAGCAGGAAAUGGUUAUCAACGAACAGUAAAUCGAUUGAUCGGAAGAAGAAACAAGAUGCAGUAGACGAAAAGUUUCAAUUGAUCUAUAGUCCACCGCAUUGUCAUUUACUCUCAACAGGUAGAUCAGUAUGUGCAUUGGGUUCCAUCAUUUGUCCACUAUUCCUAGUCGCAUACGCUUUCGAUCCGAGUGCCGAACAGCUUUCAAACUAUGAUCUCGCGCUGAUGGGAGGAGUGGCAAUUUUUUCCAUUGUUGGAUUCUACACUUGUCGAUAUUUUCCAUUGCGAGUUUAUAAACAUGAGAAAGAGUACAUUGCAAUUAUGCCAGGUGUAUUACCAAAUAUGAAUCGAAAAUUGUGCUUUGCAAAAGGCGAUCUCAAGGAAAAAAAGCGAACAAAUGGCUGGUUCAAAAAUGUAGCCGAAAAAUUAAUUUCAAUUUUUUUCAGUGAUUCACGUGCAAAGCUUCCAACAUUUUACAAAGUGAAUAACAGUUACAUUAGUUUAACAACAAAAUGUUUUGAGAAACCAAUUCAAUUGUUGGAAAUGUUUAAAAAUACCGAAAAAUACGUUCGAAAAAUCAAACAAUUAGAGUCACAAAAACGAUAAAUUUUAAUUUUAAUAUGCGAACACGCAUUGGUCCGCGAAACAAGGAAAGAUUUGAAUUUUUUUUUUGAAUCAAACACUUACAUUUGAUGAGUUCGAUUGUAAAUAUAAUUUUAAACAAAUAGUUGUUGAACGAUCAAUUAUAAUGUCUUGAAUGAUGAAAGAAGAAAUAUAAAUGAAACCUGACACAUGCGUAAUGUUUUUUUUAAAUAUUUCUUUAUUUUCGAUUGUUUCGUAAUUUACAAAAAAAAAAGAUUUGUAUGUUUCUUUUAAAUACGUACUUAACUUAGGGCAGAUUUCGGAAAAUUUUAAUUUUACCACAUGAGAAAAUCAAAAGAAGAGACUUCAAAUUUAAGAGAAGAAAAUUGUAUAAUAAAAUAAAAAACUCCUCUUCCUUUGCUGGAUAUGAAA